ACACUUUUAAUGCACUUUGAGCUGCAUACAGUGCUGUAUAAAUAAAGAUUGAUUUAUCCUUUUAAUACCAAGUCUAAUUCGUUUCAGUUUUUACAACAACUUUCGAAUAUUCUGGAUUUAUAAGUUAUGUAUCUGUUCAGACAGGAACUAUUAUUGUUUUGUUUCCGGGGAACAUUUUACGCAGACGGACCUAACCAAGACAGAGCGCUUUAAUGGUUUCCCGCCUGCGUUUGAUGCGCAGAAGCUGUGUUUAGCAGAAAACCUCAGUAUUUGGUCUCAGAGUCCAGAUGAAGUUUCGGGGGAAGAUCGUGGACGUGGCGUGUCUGAACCACUUCACCCGAGUCGUCACCACCAUCUCCAAGCUGACCAAGACGUGCGUGCUGCGGCUCAACCCGGACAACCUUUUCUUUGUCCUGUCAGGGAAAGUGGCCAAUGGAGGAGUCAGCAUGUGGUGUGAGCUGUCACAGGCUAACUUCUUCGACGAGUACCAGAUGGAGGGCGUUUCUCCAGAGAACAAUGAGAUUUGUCUGGAGUUGGCUCCAGAGAACCUGUCCAGAGCCCUGAAGACGAUCCAGAAUGCCAAAUCUGUUAAAGUCAAACUUACCAAGAAGCAUUGCCCCUGUCUGACUGUCUGCGCCGAGCUGCCCACUCUGUCUAGCAUCAGCAGGGUGGUCACUCAUGAUGUUCCCGUGGACGUGAUCCCCAAAAGACUCUGGCACGAGUUUAAGGAACCAAGUGUGCCGGACUAUGAUGUCAGCAUCUACCUGCCGCCUCUGAAGACCAUAAAGAACGUAGUGGACAGAAUGAAGAACCUCUCCAACUUUCUGGUAAUUGAGGCCAACAUGAACGGAGAGAUGAACCUGAAGAUCGAGACCGACCUGGUUUCUGUCACCACCUACUUCAAAGAUUUAGGAAACCCUCCUUGGGGCGAUGGCGCCUCUCAGGACGGCGGCCCAACCCAGAGCAGGGACCCGGACAGCAUGGCUGAGGCCCGGGUGGACGUCAGGAAGCUACAGCAGUUCCUGGUGGGACAGCAGGUCAACCCCAGCAAGUCCAUGUGCAAUAUCGUCCAUCAGAGUGUCCUCCACCUGAUUCUGCUGCAUGAAGACGUGUCCCUGCAGUAUUUCAUCCCCGCCGUGGCGUAGAGGCGUGCGGUUAGCCUGAAAUGAUCCAGAUCCUGAGGAAGACGAGGACAUCCGGGCUGGAGGAGUCUCUCUGGACCGAGGAGACGUAUGUUUGAGUUCAGCAGUAAACACAGGACUUCUGGAGUCUGGAAUGACGGGAACAAAGUGAAAACUGAGGACUUUCCGACCAGCAUCUGAAGGGGAGACGGAUGAGAAACGGAGAGGGAAGUUUGUUCCGGAGAUGUUUACGUCCAAGAUCCUGUCUUCUGAAGAUGAAGGUUGUUCUUAUGUUCUCCAUCAUCUGGAACCAGAUCUUACAGUUCUGGAUUACGGUUUCACACAGUCACAGAGGUUGACGGUGAAACAUUAAAAAACCAUUCUAAGAUGUUCUGGUUCUUUUUGAGUUGAUGCUGAAGUUAGAGUUGAAUCAUCAGAAGAGCAGUCCAGGACUGGAACAGUGCUGAAGUCCUUGAAAAAAUCGCAAAAGGCAAAGUAAAACAAAUGAAGUUCAGAAGUGGGACUGGAUUAUACAGUCCUGAGGUGAUGGGAUGCGUGUUUUAGGGGGGAGGAGCUAAAUGAGAGGUCAUCAGGUGGGCACCCUCCUUCAACCCUGGUUUGAUGCUGGACCCUCUACAUCUCCAGAGGGCUCACUGGCUCCACCUGGUGUCACAAGUUUGCCCUCUGUGGAUCUCCUCCCUCCUCUGCUGCUGCUGAGGAGUCCAUCUGGGUCUGCUCCUCAUCCCGGGGAGUGGUUCGCCUCUUCUGCUGAGCUCAGUCCACAGAUCCUCAGGCUGAUGGUUGACCUGCACACAAAACCUCCACAGUCCACCUUCAGUUCAGUCACAGAGUGUGUUGAGACAGAACACUCCAGAGGAACCCUGCAGACAUUUCAGCUGUUUCUUUAAACUCUGAUGUAGAAUUUUAUUAAAAAAAAUAAUAAUGGUAAAA